UCAAGACCCAGCGUUACAUAUUCCCCAUCACUCCUCUGAAAACUCCACUUGCAUGUUAGCAGAGACUGUCAGGAGCUCAGAUCAUCCACCAACUUCCUUUGGCCGCUCUUUCCUUUGCUGCUCCAGAUUUGAGCCAUUGACCACUCAGGAGGACUCUCCGAGAGCAUCUGCCUCCCUUGGACAUUUAGCCAUUUGGAAGGUUGGGCUUUUCCUGUGAGGUGUGGGUGGUGGCGCUGCCCUGCCAUAACCCUUUGCGUUCCUCCUUCCAUCCCCAUCAUCGCGGCCUUUUUAGCACAUCUCCUCUUUGCCAUGCUGCUGCUGCUUUAAAGCUGUUGCGGGAAUAGCAGGAAAGAUGGGCUGUGUUCUUGAGGUGGAUGUGGAUGGUGAAGGUGUCUUCUUUGUCGAUAAGGACGUUCUUGCGCCGUUCAUUGGUAAGAUCAAGGAAUUGACCGACGAGAGGCCGGUCAUAGCUCCGGCGCGGACGGCUCGUCGCAGAGUAGCGCUGCACGGCUUCCCCGGCGGCGCCGAGGCGUUUGAGCUCGUCGCGAGGUUCUGCUACACCGGCGGCACCGGUCUAGCGGUGACCGCGGCCAACGCCUGCGCGCUGCGGUGCGCUGCUCAGUUCAUGGACAUGGCGGACGCGCCCGCGUCGUCGGCUAAGCCGAGCCUGGUCAAGAUGACCGAGAAGGUCCUCGAUGAGAUGCCGCACUGGCCGUGGCAGGCCGUCGUGGACGCCGUGAAGGAGUGCCAGCGCCUGUUCCCGCUCUCCGAGUCCACCGGCGUGUUCGACAGGGUCGUCGGCGCGCUGCUGUCGCAGAUGGCCGUCCCGGGCGACGCCACGCCGACGAGCUCCUCGCCGGAGAGCUCGGCGUUCCGGUUCUCGUGCGACACCAAGUGCAGCAGCCUCAGCAUGCGCCGCACCUGGUGGUUCGAGGACCUUGUCGUCCUCAGCCCCGUCAUGGUGGAGCGCGUCGCCAAGGCGCUCCUGGCCAGGGGCGCCGACCACGGCAUCGUCGCCCGGUUCAUCUUCUACUACCUCAAAUGCCGCAUCGCCGGCGCGAGCGCAGAUGACAAGAAGGCGAUGCUGGAGGCGGCGAUCGCCGUCAUCGCCGACCUCGACCGGAGCUCGGUUUCCUGCAAGGGCCUCUUCGGCAUCCUGAGGAUCGCGUCCCCGCUCAAGCUGGGCGGCGCUUGUCAGGAUACGCUCGUCGACAUGAUUGGACGCAAGCUGGACCACGCGACGCUGGACAACCUGCUCGUCCCGGCGCCGUCCGGGACGGGCAGCCUGUACGACGUGAGCCUGGUGCUCAGGUUCUUGGAGGCCUUCAUGCGCCAUACCGGCGGCGCGCAGGUUGACCCCCCGAGGCUGAAGAAGGUGGGGGCGCUCAUGGACAUGUACGUGGCCGAGGUCGCGCCGGACCCCUCGCUCCGGCCGGCCAGGUUCGUGGAGCUGGCCACCUCGCUGCCCGCCGCCGCGAGGGACUGCCACGACGCGCUCUACCGCGCCAUCGAUGUCUACUUCCAGGUUCACGCUCGCCUGACGGACGACGAGAAGAUGAAGAUCUGCAAGGGCAUCAACUACGAGAAGCUCUCGCCGGAGUGCUGCAAGCACCUCGCGACCAACGCCGGCUUCCCGACGAGGGCGGCGGUGCAGGCGCUGGCGUCCCAGCACACCGUGCUCAAGGGCAUCAUCCGCCACUCCGGCCCGCUGAAACCGGCGUCGUCCCCUCCACCUCCGUUCACGGGGAAGUACCACCAGCACAUCGAGAGCUACAACGACAUCGACGGCGACGACGGCAACGGCCAGGUCGUCCUGUACGCCAGCAGGCUGGACCUGUCGCUGGAGAACCAGAACCUCAAGUCGCUCCUCGACGGGAUGCACUGGCGGGUGAUGGAGCUGGAGAAGGUGUGCAGCCGGAUGAAGACGCAGAUGACCAAGAUGAAGUCCUCGAGGAGACGCGCCGCGAGAUCACUCCCCAAGAUGUGUUCUUGAGUCAUCCCAUUUCACUCUGUCACAACAACACUGCACAGUAGUGAAUGUACAUACGGCUAGAUGCAGCUGCAGGUUUCAGCAUCCCUGCAUCCUCCUAUUUCUGUUCUUUUUUUGCUUCACUUUUGUGAAAAUUUCUCCUGUGUUCUUUUUGAUUAAUCUGAUGUCAGUGGAGAUUAUCUUGGGAAUCUCUGUUCUUGUUGCAUCUUGUGAAUAUAUAACUGACUACCUAUUUCAGUAA